AUGACCAGGCCAUCUAAAAAACAUAUAAUCUCUUCUGAUGCCUAUAGCACCUGCAAAAGAUCUAAAUCAGUCACUAAAGCGAAUAAUGUGAAACCUUAUAAACACACUGAUCAGUCUGCAUCCUACUCUGAUCUUCCCUCAGCCACACUUAACGUGCACCGUUUACUUGGACAAGACAUAUUACUACCUUGCAUCUCGCUUGUCGAUAUAAAUAAGAGCAGUCACAUACCGUUAGAGUCGACAUCAUUUGUCAGUCCAAACAAAAACACCACAUGUUGUGAGCAGUAUUUAGACAGUGCUGUUGAUCCCAAACACCCAGCAAUCUCACAAUCGGCCAUCCUGAGUAGCGGCCCACGGAGUACAUGUAAGCCUGCCUACAAUAGCCAGCCCGGUGAUGUAGAUCUUGACUACUCACCCAGACAUAUACCCCAUCCCCCAACUAAGUGUGCACAAAGUGAACAUCCGCUAGACACCUGCAACAGGCCUGUAUGUAACCAUAUCGACCUUAGAAACUUUGAUAUAAACUCCGAUAAUCUCACCACUGGUAGACCUAAAAGCAGCCAAACAGAACUUAGCCUCACCCAAACUAUUCAAGACCUAUUACCUUACAAAUAUUUAAUCAGUGUUCCAGAAAAUCCCGAUCUGGAAAUUAUAAAAAACACUGAAAAAGUAAUUGACCAUAUAUCAUCUGAAGUGUUGAAAAGACUUCAGUGUAUGCAGAAUGUUAUUGUGUAUAAUAUACCUGAUAGUACGAACAUAAAGACUGCUAAAAAUACUCUGCUACAAGAAUGUGGAUUGUCGCAAUCUUGGUGUGUAACAAGAAGAUUACGUAAGGCACACACUAAAGCCUCCUGUCCCAUUCUAUUUCAGUUUGGUAGCACCACUGAAGCUAAUCACCUCCUCAAUAGUCAGUCAUUACUGAGGCGUAUUCCAACAUUUAAAAAGAUUAGGAUCAUUCAUGACAGGACCGCUAUCCAGCGUCGAAUCUGCAAUGGAACACAAACUGAUCAACCCAGCUUACGUAGCCGUGGCAGCUACAGCUCUUGUCACUGCACAAACCCUAAAAUAUCAUACACUGCCCCCCCAAAAAACGGAGGCACGUCGGACACUGCUAUUAGUCCUAAGGACAAGACCGCACAUAAAGCAGCUACAACCACUCACCCUCAGCCCAGACACUCAGCUACCCCAAAAUGCCAAACCACUUAUGCCUCAAUAGCGUCCAAGUAUUACCCUAGCGGCCCUUAUAAAAUGCCUAAAAAUGAUCCUCCCAGGGAUCGCGCUAACAGCUACAGACCCGCGGACACCGCUGUGCGAAAAAAUACCAAACUCUCCGUAAAAACCCACCAAUACUCCAGCACCCCAAACCCAAAACAUGCACCUUCUCAUAGUAAUAGAAUGCCCUACAACAAACAUAGAGAACUGGCAACACCCACUCAUCCUAAUGUGAAACGACACUCGACAAGAACCACACCCACACGUGAUACCCAUAAGUCAUAUGGUGUCAACCUUGUAAGCCCCAUGAACCAACACAAAACUAUACACAACAGAAGCACCUCUCCUGGCAACAAUAACAGGCAUUCCUUCAUCCCUUACCAGAAACAUACAACCUCCCCAACUGACCACAAUAGGACUAAAAUUGCCCACCACACACGAGGAAGCCAUAACGCUGGCCUACUUGGGAACCCACCUACAGAUUCUAGGUACUAUCCAAGUCAAGCCACCCAAUACAACGGUUUAGUCCCCCCUAAUUCGACAUGCACACUAUCUCAUCCUUUUUUAUCUCUCUCCCCCUCAACAUUACUGCUAUGGGGUCUCCAAAUGUUGAGGGCGACAAUCCCACUAUUCUGA